GGCCGCAGCUUGCCAAUUCUUCCACUGUGAUAGUGAUGGUUGGCCUCCCUGCCCGUGGGAAGACCUACAUCUCCAAGAAGCUGACACGCUACCUCAACUGGAUCGGUGUCCCAACGAAAGUUUUCAACGUGGGCGAGUAUCGCCGCGAGGCGGUGAAGCGUUAUAGCUCCUAUGACUUCUUCCGCCCUGACAAUGAGGAGGCCAUGAAAGUCAGGAGGCAGUGUGCCCUGGCUGCCUUGAGGGAUGUCAAGCUGUACCUGACGGAGGAAGCUGGCCAGAUUGCGGUUUUUGAUGCUACCAAUACCACGCGGGAGAGGAGAGGGAUGAUCCUAAACUUUGCCAAAGAAAAUGGGUUCAAGGUGUUCUUCAUUGAAUCGGUCUGUGAUGAUCCCACGGUAGUUGCCACCAACGUUAGGGAAGUAAAACUGUCCAGCCCUGAUUACCGGGACUGUAAUUCAACCGAUGCCAUGGAGGACUUCAUGAAGAGGAUCAAUUGUUACCGGGCCAGCUACCAGCCGCUCGACCCUGAUGACUAUGACCGGGAGCUUUCUCUCAUCAAAGUCAUUGAUGUUGGCCGGCGGUUCCUGGUCAACAGGGUUCAGGAUCACAUCCAGAGUAGGAUCGUUUACUACCUGAUGAACAUCCAUGUCCAGCCCCGCACCAUUUAUCUCUGUCGGCACGGCGAGAGCGAGUUCAACCUCAAGGGGAAGAUUGGAGGUGAUUCAGGCCUCUCCAACAGGGGCAAGAAGUUUGCACUGGCACUGAACAAGUUUGUUGAGGAGCAGAACCUGAAGGACCUCAAAGUCUGGACCAGCCAACUAAAGAGGACAAUCCAAACAGCAGAAGCUCUCCAACUGCCCUAUGAGCAGUGGAAGGCCCUCAAUGAAAUCGAUGCUGGUGUGUAUGAAGAAAUGACGUAUGAAGAAAUCAGGGAGCAGCAUCCAGAGGAGUUUGCUUUACGUGAUCAGGAUAAAUAUUACUAUCGCUAUCCUUCUGGGGAGUCCUACCAAGAUCUGGUGCAGCGCCUAGAGCCGGUCAUCAUGGAGCUGGAGAGACAAGAGAACGUCCUUGUGAUCUGUCACCAGGCUGUCAUGCGCUGCCUCCUGGCAUACUUUCUGGACAAGAGUGCAGAUGAAAUGCCCUACCUGAAAUGUCCCCUUCACACAGUGUUGAAGCUGACCCCGGUGGCCUAUGGCUGCCGGGUGGAGUCCAUCUCAUUGAACAUUGAAGCUGUCAACACCCACAGGGAACGGCCAGAGAACAUGAACAACUCGCAGAAGCCAUUGUGACUCCGUUGGCGCUGUCGCGAGGCCACCAGCGACACCACCGGCGACGCCAGCUUCCCAUCCCAUCGCCAUUUCCGAAGCUUGCUUAAAAACCGGUCUCCUCCGUCUGCAGCGAGGUCGACCCUCAGCUGUUUCUACCCGUGCCUGUUCAUCUGCAAAAACCGCUCUGCUGAACUGGGGGAGAGAUGUGGGAGAGCGGAGGAGAGGACCCGAGCUCCCCGGGGUCACCACCAGGUCUUUAGGCUGCAGCAUUUGCUCUCCUCUCCGGUGUCCUCUUAGGUCAUAGCAAGCUGUAAAGUGCUUCUAGCGCACAGGAGUUUAAUUUUCCUCUGUAAGCGGUUUUGAUCUCUUUUUGUAUAGAUGAUUGGUACCCAUCCGCCACCGGGUGGGCUGUAUUGUAUAUAUGUGGAUGGUGCGGGGUUAGCAGAGAAACUGGGGGAAGAGGGGUAGAGCGAAGGGGGUUUUGCAUUUUUUUUUUAAUAUAAUUAUUAUUAUUAUUAAUUACUUCUCAAGAAAGCCCUAACGCGCUGCGCUGCGGUCCUUUACCCACGCUACAGCCUGUCGCCCACGCACAGCCCGCGAGCACUAGGAAGGCAGUUGGGUGAUGUCCUUCACAGCCAGAACGGCUGGGUUGAACCAAAAAAAACCAACCCCAAAACAUAUGCUGGGGUUUUUUUGUUGUGUUGUUUGGUUGUUUUUGUUU